AUUUUAGCCAGUCUUACUCGCGAUGUCAAAGAUAUCGUACGAUAAACGCGUACAAAAAUCUCGGCUACACACUAAAUAAAAAAAAACUUAAAAGAAAAAAAAAGUGACAGUGAUUUUUCGCGCGCAUUUGUCAUGUCGCGAUGACAGAUUUAAAAUAAAAAUGGCGGCGCGAGCCCGCGUAAAUAACGUGCGUAAUUAAAAAGUGUUCAGUGAUAGAUAAAUCUGUCCUAAUUCGUAGAUAAACAGAGCUAUUAUUAAAUUGAGAAAAAAAUGGUGUGUAAGGUGGGAACGAACGAAAUGUGCGGAGUGAUCGUUCUUAACGUGUUCCAACGUUGAUUAUUACGCUUUACACGGAAAAAACUAUGUUUUUCAUCAACGUUUAGGUACUUUGAGUUAUUUUUAUGAGUGAAAAUCCGUACGUAUUCUGGUGUGCACGUUUCGAGUUGGUUCAGUAUCGUUGCGGUCGCGGUUUCGAAAGUUUAUUCGUAUCGGUUGCCACUCGGUCUUUAAAAGCGAUGUCUCUGAGUUCCAUUCCUUGCUUUUUAUUGUCGUCUGUUUAGCGGUUUUGUUAUCUGUGGUGUUUUAUUGUUGUUAUAAAAAGUGCUUUGUUUUAUUGGCCUCCUUGGAUUUUCUUCGGCUGUUCUCCGAGGAGAUUUUUUAAGAUUCAGGUGUUAAUCGUCGCAUGGCUAUCAAGCGGCAAGAUGUCGGGCAUGACGGGAGCGAGCAUGCUGCGUACGCGCAGGAAAGAUGUCAACGUCAAACCAAAUCGAAAGUUGGACCGGAAAUCCUCCCGGGGCAUGCUGUACGAAAACGAAGAGCUGCGCCUACGCACUAUAAAUAUCAACGCCGAAGUUGAAAGAGGUCAGUCGGACAUCAAGAAGCUGAAACGUGAGAACGAGCAGCUGAAGCGGGAGAUAUCAGCUCUUCGAUACGAGUACGAUCGUCUGGACAGCAUGCUGCGAGACCGGAGGUCUUCGCCGGAACACUCGGACGACAGCGUGUCAGUUUGCAGCGUGUGUCCAGACUGUGCUAGCGUGGACGGGUCUGGCAGAGCAGUCGCCUUCCAUGACCUGAGCGUGGUGCCUGAAGAAGCGGAGCAGGAUAAGAGCGGCGCUGAGUCACCAUGCACAUGCGAUGAAUGCCAACAAGAAGCGCCUCGCAAGAUAUCGAACACAAUGAAAUCGGCACAAAUGACGCAAAAUACGAACAAAACGCAGCCAAAUAUAGCGGACAAUGGCCACGAGCGGGUGGUGGACGUCCUGGUGCACGACGCGCCGCCCGAGGUACCCAGGUUCUUCCAAUCCGUUACCUCUCCCCCCUACCACGUCGCAAGCCCCCCGCCACCAGGUUUCGUCGUUGCCCCCUACCAACCUCCCCGAUUCCACACCGGAGGGAACGUCGAAGACCUCCUAGGAGAAGUCCAGGCGUCGCCCACUAUACAGACCACGUACAUACAGCAGAACUCUGUGUUCAUGUGCAACACGAGACGGAUAACGCAGAAAUGCUGUUGCCAGAAAAAGGAACCAGUAGGGCUACCGAUCACAAGCGUGCAGAUCUCAGGAGUACCUGUUGUCGAUGAACAGGAGCCGCCAAAGAAAUAUGUUACUGAGAAAAAUAUAGAACUAACUUACGACUAUCCUCGAGCAACGCCUAUUCCAAGCAGUCCCAGUCCUAAAUCUGGUGACGAAGUACAAACUACGACUACAGAAGUAGCCAGUACUGUAGUUUUCGUUGAAAGAAGAAUACCAGUGAAGCCAAAGAAAUUCGACUUCUUCUCUCGAUCUCGAUCUGCUCCUGUUGGUGAAAACGAGGAGCCAAUAUACGCAACAGUGAACAAACUACCAAAGAGACUUCGCAGAAUGGAACUCGCCAAUCUAGAGAAAGAAGUAGCAUACAAAACUGGUGAGCCUGACUCUUCUACUCGCACAGAACUAACGCUGAAAACCGAUUCAGAAUCUCAAGUUCCACCACCAGACGACGACACAAGUAGAUCUGACAGAGAAAAAUCAACAGCUCCCCAAAGACCCGACUCACCAAAAAUGAAAAAACGUAAAAGGUUCUCUUUGACUUUUAAGAAGAGAGAAAGAAAAAGAAGGGACAAGAAGAAGGAUCUGAAGAAUGGAGCUACAAAGAACGGAGGGCCUGUAGAGAGUGACAAUGAGAGGCUGAUUGAGGGAGAGGUCCAGGAUAUGGGGAAGCAUAAACACUGCGUCAGGCAUAGACCGAGGAAUACGUUGUCAUCUUCAAGUUCAGGCCCGCGGUACAAGCGGGACAGUUAUCAGGAGAUGACGACAUCGCAUUCGGAGCAUGAGAGAACCAACAGCGUAUGUUCCUCGGUAAACUCCCUUACGUCUGCGUGUACGCACAAGUCUAGAAAGCUGUCAGCACCUGUGAAUGAUGGAUCUAUACCCUGGUGUGGAUGCUGGGGAGCCGGGUGCGUAUAGAAAUCACUCUACCAGGGGCCUUAGUCUGCUAUUACAAUUGUGUCAGAAUGGUCGAUCAUUGAGCAGUGCAAAAGAGACGGAGCUAUGUAGGUUGUAUAGCUCCUUCCCUCUCGCACUGCUAAAUUAUCGACCAUUCUUAUUUUGAGACUAAGGCCCCAGGUGUCAAAGAUUCACUGCGAAAUGUGAAGCAGCAGUAGGUACUAGAUGACUGGAAAUGGAAUCUAUUUCUCACUUCCCAAACUGAUGAUUAAUUUCUUUUAUUUUUUGAUUCAUGUCUUUGACAUGCUUUGGCCUUUGCUAACCCUGGUCAAUACUCGUACGCCGUACAUUUACUUAUAUAUUUUUUUAUCAAAUAGAUGAAAAAAGCAGAGAUGCUUAAUGUUUUAGCCCAAAAUAAUAUUAAGGAAGUGCCCUGAAUGGUAAAGGGUUCGUGUCGGUAGUGGUAUUCGCGAUCAGUCAACGAGUCUAUCCUGAUUAAGGGUUGGUUCAUAUCUGACGGAGCAUGGGUCGCGUAUUGUGGGCCACGUAAUGCCAGACAGUACAGUUAAAAAUAUAGAAAAACUGUUGACCGUUCACACUCCACCGAUGAUACUUUAGUGCGAUCGAUGAUACGCUCGACGUAUUUUACGUCAGAUAUAAACCGACCCUUAAAAACACAAAAAUAUAAUAGAAACAAUAUGGUAAACACCUAAAAUUGUCACAGAAAUUAAUCUUUGUGGCAGGCAUUGAACGUCAUUUGACACAAAAAAAAAAUAUUACAGAAUGUAAUUAUAAAAUAUAUUUAUUAGAAAACCCAUAAUAUUAGCAUAAAUUAAUACUUAUAAUUAUGAUAAGGUAGUACCUAUAUUGUUAAUGAAAUCCACAUGUAUGUACAUAAUGUAAAACUGUGAUUCACUAUAGUGCUAUGACGUAAGCAUGUACGUAUGUUGAAUGGUAAUACAAAUUUUAUAUGAAA